AUGGUGGCCAAAGCCAUGGAUGACGACGAUGAAGAAGACCAUGAUGUAUUGUGUGAAUGGAUCGUGGACGCAUGCCUUUCUUACUUCCGAGAGAGCACAUUGGACGUCCCCAAAGAAAUCACCUUUAAUGACUUCUACUACCCACCGACGCAUCAUUUGAAGCUCUUAGUUUCGGGAUCCUCACUCUAUCCCAAGGCCACUCAAGAUCGUGGGACUAUGAACGCUUUCCGUCUGAUGAUACCGUCCGGAGACCUUCCACCUUUCUCCGAAGUCCCUCGUUCGAAGGCAUCGGAUCUUCGAAUCAUUUCAGACACAGAAUGGGACGAUUACAUGUCCGAGAUACCUCAGAAAGCUAUUAUUAAUGACGGUACUUCUAGGUUCUUCAAGCCUGCGGAUGAUAAGAAGCAACUCCUCAGAGAAAUUGAUAUGCAUUUGCGUAUUCGCCAUGCCGGAUUGCGGGACAAAAUCAAAGUAGCCAAUCUACACAGUAUUGUGGUAUCUGACGACGCUAAAAUGACGAUCGGUCUUCUAUUAGACCUCAUACCCUCAACCGGCGACUCCUUAUAUAGCCACAAAAACAGCGCGUUGGCUUCCGAAUAUCAUGCAAGAUGGAAGCAGCAAGCUACAGAUACCGUUAAGCAGUUACAUUCUCAUGAUCUUGUGUGGGGUGACGUUCAUCCGGGGAACAUUGUCAUCGAUACUAGCUUCAACGCCUGGGUUGUAGACUUCGGCGGUGGGUCUAUUGUGGAGUUCGUUCCGCGCAAGAAAGCAGGAACGAAGGAUGGGGACUGGCAAGGAGUUGGAAAAAUCUUCGAUGAAUGGAUACUUGAAAACAAUCACUUAGAUCGCCGUGCAGAAUAG